AAAGCCUGCCUAAUGCUAGUCGCGCUGCUCGCUUCGGGCUUGGCCCCGGCUCGGCCUCCGCUGCGCCAGCUCGCUGCGCCGGCGCCCGCCGACGCCAAGGCGAGGGUGCUGCUAGCGAUGCGUGGCGGCGAGGCACGCAUGUCGGCCGCACAGGCGUUCGGCCUCUACGCUCCUGCGAUGGGCGUCCUGACCUCCAACGCCCUGUAUUUCUCGGCGCUGCCGGCCGUGCUCGCUGCGCGCAACAGUGGCGACCUUGGCCCCUUCAACCCGCUGCCUUCGACCAUCAUGAUCCACAGCGUCUUUGGCUGGCUGUGCUACGGGCUCGCCGUCUCCAACCCGUGGAUCGUGGCCUCCAACCUGCCGGGCGCCGGGGCGGUUCUCGCAACCUUUGCCGUCAUGCUGCCGCUGAUGGGCAACAGUCAUCCGGCGCUCUCCGCCUGCCAGCUGACCUUUGUCGGCGGCGCGAUGGCGACGCUCUGCCUCUGGACGGGCCUCGUCUUUGCAAAGGUUGCGGCCCGCGCCACGCUAGUGGGGUACUUUGCGUCCGCGAUCUUUGUGGUGCUCGCGGCGUCGCCUCUCUCGACCAUCCGCACCGUCCUCUCCACGCGCGAUUCCGCCUCCAUAUACACGCCGCUCACCUUGGCACAGUGCGCAAACACGCUGCUGUGGACGGUGUACGGAGUGGCCGCCGCCAAGGACGUGUUUGUGUACGGGCCCAACGGCAUCGGCCUCUGCCUCGGCCUCGUCCAGCUCCUACUCAAGCUCGUCUUCCCCACGCGAAAGCGAUAGGCGAUAGCGGGCGGGGCUCGCCCGGGUCCCGCUGUCCGACAAUCUCGUGUUUGAGUCUAUGGUGGUGCACUCUCCGCGGUCGUCCGUGUGGUGUGUGUGUGCCACACCGACACGUGGGGCGUCGUACAUCAAACAUGCGUUCCGGUUAACCCUGGCAGCGCAGGGCAGCAGGCUGCUCUUCGCGAGCAGGACAUUUUUUAGAUCGUUUAUA